GAUUUCCAUCUGCAAGUAGAAGAAAUAAUCAUCUAGGUACACAUUUCGUUUUUGUGGACUUUUUAAUCAGAGUAAUGGCAACAAAUCUAGAAAACAGAAACAAGUCGGUAGUACGGGUUCCUGAUGUAGGAAGAAAAAAAUAUUUUAUACCAAAGAAUACAUCAUGGCCCCAGGUAAAAAGAGGAGGAAGGCUAAAAAGGAAAAAUUUUGGAAAGAAGUAAGAAAUAAACCAAUUUUGAUAGAUCCAAUGACGUACUCGAAAUUAUCACGCCAUCUGCUUCACCUCAUGCCCGAUCAAAGAACCGUUCUACUUAUCAUGAAUAUAUACCAGAUGAAAACAAUUAAUCCAGCACAUCCAUCGAACGAUCCUGAUGCACCGACGGAUGUUAUUAUUGUAGCAAUAAGAUUUAUUAUGGAUGAUCUCUUCCAACCAAUAGGUGGUCUUUUAGUUUAUUCCGAGGAAGAUCAAAGUCAAACCAUUGCAAAUUGUAUUGAAGGUUACAUUAGAGACCUCUACAAAUUGGGAGUGUAUGUUAUUGGCUCUAUUUCGCCACCUUUUCCACUUUUUAAGGAAGUAUUUCAACGGUUUCAUCCGGACAAAAAUUUCGACGAAGUUCCAGGACCAAUUUUAUACUCCGUUUUGCCAUUUAGAAACAUCGUCCACAUCUAUGAUGUACAACAUCUCAUACUUAAAUUGCAGUUGCUGCUUAGGCAAGGUGACAUCCGAUUUGAGACCAUGUUCGGACGACAAAAAGAGUAUUUGGUCAAAUGGAGCGAUCUGUCUUUCGUUAUGAAUGCACAUCCUCAGUUUAAGAUAUUAGCAACGUUUUUUGCUAGUAAUUUACAAAUUCCCAAGAGGGUCCAUGUAUUUAAUGAUGACAUAUACAAAAUGUAUGUUCAUUUAGAAAAUAACGGAUUCCUGUCAGGAUAUUCCGCAGGAGGAAGGGUAUUUGUACACUCAAUGAGUGCAUUAAUGCAAUAUUUUGACUACGACUAUGUGCACGUUAGAAAAACAGUUUAUAACUGGGAUGACUUAAUAUUUGCAUUGAGUAAAAUGAAGUUUCAAAAGAUAGAUGUUCCUUACAUGCAAAAUCCAAACAUUCCCAAGACCAAGAAGAGAAAAAAGAAAAGAUCCCGUAGGCCAAAUAUGUAUAAACUAGAAAACAGUGUAACCAAAGAAACUGAUUCAAAAAAUAAUCAACAUAUUUCAGAGACUUUAUCGCAUACAAACGACAGCUUUGUAAAUGGAAAAGAAAGUGUAACAAAAAGUUCGAUAGGGCAGAAAGCAGCGAAAGAAAUUUCAGUAAUGAACUUACAAUCCAAGGAAUUACAAAACGGGCAGUUAAAUAACAUUAAGGGUAAUGUAAUUAAUUCAGAAAACAUUAUAACAAGUUCAACGACUAUGAUAGAAACAGCAAAUAAGACUUCACAAUUAAACUUACAGGUAAAUGAUGGGAGAAUAGAAGAUCUUUCAACGUCAAAAGAUAGUUCAGCAAAUUCAGAAGAAGAGAAUUUCGUGUCUUCAUUGGUUUCAGAAAUAUUUCUAACUAUAACGGAAGGGCAAAUAGAAAUGUUAUCCACAAGUCCAAACAUAAAUUCAGAAACGCAAGAACAAACAAUUGAUAGGAAAUUGGAAAAAGAAUCAGAAAGUCCAAAAAUAUAUCCAGAAAAUCUAGCUAAAACUGUAGAAACACAAAUAGCAAAACAAUCAAAAGAUUCAAAAAUCCCUACAGGGAUUUCAAAACAAAGUAAGGGAGGAGAAUUGGAGACAAAACCAAGAGGAUCAAAAACAUCUGCAGAAAUGUUAGAAAUGGUAACGGAGGAACAACUAGAAAAACGACAAAAAUUUCCAAAAACAUUAUCAGGACUCCCGCCACAAAUGACUGAAAAACAUUUAGAAAAACAACCAAAAAUUUCCAAAACAUCCCUGGAAAAUCAAGAAAAAAGCACUGAAGGACAAUUGGGAAAACGAACAAAAAACGCUAAAAUGGAUCCAGUGAUACCAGAACAACAAAGUGAACGACAAUUAAAAAAGCAACCAGAAUUUCUACAACCACCUCCAGGAUUUACAGCAAAAAGGAAGGAACGAAAAUUACAAAAGCAAUCAAAAAAUUCAAAAACACCCAUAGAAUAUAUCAGGGAAGGGCAACUAGAAAAAUUAUCAGAUGUUCCAGAAACACCUUCAAGAUUUAUGUCAAAUAAAAGUGAAGAACGAAUAGAAAAACGACCAAAAGGUCCAAAAACACCUCCAGGGUCACCACCUUCGUCACCAGAUUCUGACAAUAUUCUUCCAAAACCACCUCCAAGGUUUACGGCAAAUAGAACUGGAGGACAAUUAGAAAAACAACCAAAAAGUCCAAGAUCAACUCCAGGCUCACCACCUUCGUUCGCAGAUUCUGUGGAUCUUCUUCCAAAACCACCUCCAAGAUAUACGGCCAAUAGGACUGAAGGACAAUUAGAAAAACAGCCAAAAGGUCCAAAAACACCUCCAGGAUCACCAGAUUCUGACGAUCUUGGGGGUAACAUAGAAAGAACAAGAGAAUUAAUACUUCAUCGUAUCCCUGGUUUACGAGAAUGGGCGAUUUCUGUACCUUCAACGACUGAUUCUUUACCGUCAACAAGUGCACAGGCACAAAUAUCUGGUUUAAAAAGAACUGCGAAGAAAUUAAGUACUGCGGCUAUACAAGAAACUAAAAAUACUUCUGAAGUAUCUGAUUUAAAAAACACAAUAAGUAUAAGACAAAUUACUGAGAAAUUAAAAUUGAACCAAGUUAGUAUAAGCGAAGAAUCAGGACAAACACAGCAAGAAAUUUCUAUUACCAGCACCACUGCAGGACCGACAUAUAAAACAUUUAACCAAAACGAUGGUCCCAUUCCUGAUUAUGGAUUUGAAAAUAAUGUUGUUACAAGUGAAUUGAUCUGUAGCAUGAGAGGUAUUAUGGUGUUGACCGAAUCAGCCAAACGCAGGAAAAUUCAAUCGAUGAGAUCGGAUGCGAUCGUAGUGGAACCAAUAGAUUUAUUCAUGGCUAAAAUACAAAAAGAGUUCAACGGUAUUAAAAAUGUUUUUUAUGAUGGUAGCUCAUUUCGUCUUCUAGAUCCAGAUCAGUCGUUUUCUUGUUUGGAAAGUGAUAGUGGAUUGUAUUUAAUUAAAAGGAGCUGAUUUAUUAAUUAUGUUUGUAGUAACGUAAUAAAUAUGUUAUAUGUUUUUAAAGUAAAGUAAGACUAUGUACAUCAAGUAUUUAAUAAAUCAUUAUUUAUUGUUUUAUCUUA